GUGGGAGGGAGACAGACAGAAUUGGAUGGCCCGAGACCUCAACUCACAGCUUUAAAAGCAGAAGCGGGAUUUGGAGACUGGGAUAAUUCUGCCCCUGGCCUGGAGAGAGUGAGGUGGAAUAUAGCAGAGUUCAUCUGGAAGUUUCACUCCUUAGGAAGACCAGAGAACAGGGUGAGCUGCGGUUCAGGGAGUCCAGCUGGCAGGCAUGAGGGGGCCGGCCUGCACUGGAGUCUGGCUCUAGAGUCCACAGGAGCUCCCACUUCAACUGGACACAUUCCACAGGACGUGUGCCCAUGAGGUCGUCACCACUGGUCCUGCUCCUCCUGAUCGGCGUCCAGGCUGUACUGAACAUGGGAGGUGGAUUGGCUCGGUGCGCCGGGGCAGCCAACCAUAAAGUAGGACAGCAGACGGCAGCCAAUCACAGAGCAGGACAGCAACAGACAGCAGCGGGGGACCACCAUUGUUCACAUGAGCAUCACAGGACCAGCCACGACAGGACCAAGAGGCCCCAUCGGGCAGCUUCACACACCCAGGAUAAGAGCCCUGCCGUUGGGCACUCUAUGUCGGAUUCCCCCCCUGACCCCUCCAUCCCAGUGGUGGAUCCCAAGCUCUUCUCCAAGAGACGGUACCGAUCCUCCCCCCGGGUUGUCUUCAGCGAGGUGGCCCCAUCUCAUGAUACCCUGGACGGUGAGGGCUAUGACAUUGAAGGGGUGAGGGGGGUGAGGGUAAGGCGCAGAGCAGGAUCGCGCACCAUGCACCGAGGAGAGUACUCAGUAUGUGACAGCAUAAAUACCUGGGUGGGCAACCUGACACGAGCAACAGACAUAACUGGGAAUGAGGUGACAGUGCUGCCCAACGUUACAAUCAACAAUGUGGUGAAGAAACAGUUCUUCUAUGAGACCACUUGCCGUUCCCCUACGCACAGAGGCUCCGGGACUGCAAACGGGGGACGGACAGGUGGACGGGGCGGCAAACAGGGUCCCAGAUCAGGCAACUCGGGCUGUCUGGGCAUUGACAGUCGCCAUUGGAACUCCUACUGCACCAACACACACAUAUUCGUAAGCGCCCUGACCAUCUUCAAGGAACGGACAGCCUGGCGUUUCAUCCGCAUCAACGCUGCAUGUGUGUGUGUUCUCAGCCGGAAGUCUUGGGCGGGACGUCUGGGGCACUGACCGGGGAGGACGACUCCUGACCAUUUAAAUAAGAACCAAGCACACACAUUUCUAAUAAACAGCCACUGCAGCUUUAUUGCCAAUACUGUAAUCCUCUUCCCCACGUCCAAACACACACACACACACACACACAC